CUCCCGCUUCCGACCGCUCCUCUUCUUCUACUCCUUCCAUUCACACUCCACAUGCCGACGCUGGCGGCGGCGGCGCCGGUGGCGGCGGUGGAGUCGUAGCCGCCUGAAUCAGCGGUCUUGUAGUGACGCCGGAACCAGGGGCGCGAGGGGGAAGGAGAUGGCGGCGCCGGCUUCCGCGGCGGCCGGGCGCGGCGGGGCCAUGUCGUCGGACAACGCCAAGGGCCUGGUCCUCGCGGUGUCGUCGAGCGCCUUCAUUGGCGCCAGCUUCAUCGUCAAGAAGAUGGGGCUCAGGAGGGCCGCCGACUCCGGCGUCCGCGCGGGUGAGUGAGGGCUCUGUUCGCCGCGUCCGUCGGUGGAUGCCCGCUCUGGUGUUUGGAUCUCCUUCCAGGUCGGCCGGUGUGUGCCGUUUGCGCUGGAUUGGCUGGUUGGUUCGCACGACGGCGAGACGGGUCGAGUUGUUGGGCUGUGUGCCAGCCAUGUGGUUGCUUAGCUGGCUACUGGGAAUCCGGUUGAAGCUUUGAAAUUGAUUUCUUAAUUUUUGGGUCCCCUUUUGCGACGCGGUUUCUGGUUGGUGAGAGGGAUCUGCAGCAGUAGAAAAAAAUGUGACGAGCUAAGUUGAUUUCGGAGAAAAUAUUUAUUUCCUUGGCCGUGGUAGAUUUGGUCACGGCAGAAAUUGACCACCAUGAGAGCAAUGUUCACUUUGAUUGGUGGAGAAAAAGGUUGCAAUCAUUGACGGCGAGGCAUGUCGAGUUGUCAACUUGGUGUCUAUGCUGAUGCAAAAAGGUUUGCUUGCAUAAAGUCCAAUGGAGCCAAGGGUGCUUGUUUCUUGUUUGUGCCCUUCAGUUGCAACCUGCAAAGGAGGCUCGCUCAACUAGUAAAAAACAAAAACGUUUGUUUGUCACUUUUGUUUUACAUUUGCAAUGGCUUUUUUGAAACAAGCUGAGUGAAUCUUUGUUUUUGUUAACAGUCUAUGCAUCAUGACUGAUUCUUCGUCUGGCGAAUAUACUGAUAUUAUUCAUUUGUAUUUCAUAAAUUUGCCCUUUUGCUUUCCUCAAGUUUAGUGCUAAGCAUAAUUAGAUGUUUUAUGUACAUAAACCAGGAUAUGGCGGGUUUUCUUAUUUAGUGGAGCCUCUUUGGUGGAUAGGCAUGAUUUCUAUGAUUGUAGGUGAAAUUGCUAAUUUUGCUGCUUAUGCAUUCGCUCCUGCUAUUCUUGUCACUCCUCUUGGUGCACUCAGUAUAAUCAUCAGCGCUGCACUUGCACAUGCCAUUCUACAGGAGAAACUGCACACAUUUGGUAUACUUGGUUGUGUUCUCUGUGUUGUUGGAUCUAUCACAAUUGUGCUCCAUGCCCCACAAGAGCGUGACAUUGAUUCUGUAAAGGAAGUUUGGGAUCUUGCAACUGAACCAGCUUUCCUUUGCUAUGCGGCUAUAGUAGUUGCAGCAGCCUUAGUGCUUAUAUAUUUUGUUGUCCCUCAUCAUGGACAAACAAACAUAAUGGUGUACAUUGGAGUAUGUUCUCUUCUGGGAUCACUCACGGUUAUGAGUGUAAGAGCUCUUGGAAUUGCCUUGAAGCUAACAUUGUCAGGAACAAACCAAUUAUUCUAUCCUCAGACUUGGGCCUUUGCACUGAUUGUAGCUACCUGUGUGAGCACCCAGAUUAACUAUCUAAAUAAGGCAUUGGAUACAUUUAAUACAGCAGUAGUCUCACCAAUAUAUUAUGUGAUGUUUACUUCACUAACAAUUAUAGCCAGUGUGAUAAUGUUCAAGGAUUGGGACCAUCAAAAUCCAACACAAAUUGUUACAGAGAUGUGUGGCUUCAUGACUAUCCUAUCUGGGACGUUUCUUCUUCACAAGACAAAAGAUAUGACUGAUAGUCCUGGACAAUCUUUGUUGACACGACGGCCAAAGCAUGCUAGUCAGAAUGCGUUUGCAAUUGAAGUGAUGCCACUAAAAUGUCAAGAUUAUAUAGAUGACGAGACCUUGACGUUAUCACUUCCCAAGGUUGAAAAUGGUUACCUAAAGGAAGAGUAUCUUCUUAGAUACAAGGACUCGAGUAUUGUCUGAUAGAUAAUUCUUCGCCAACAUUUGACGGGAAGCUCUUGAGAAUCAUUCUGCUUCCAGACAUGAUUGAUUGAUGUAGAACUGGAGUUGGCAGUUUUACCUCAACCUGGCCUUGGAUAGAUUGAUAUUACAGAUUGUAAGUUGUCAACUGUGGUUUGUCUACAUCUGGAUGAUGUUUUGAGGGAAGGAGCAUGCCAGAAGGAUGCCACAUUGAGGCCAAUUAAGUGCUAGUCAUCUAGGAAUUGUGGUUCCGGAAAAGAAUUUGAAGUGUACUUAGAUACAAUGGUGUCACCAACUAUACUCUUUUCCCCCCUCUUUUCUCUCUCAUUUUAGAACGCCAUGUGAUAGCUGCAAUGUGAUCUUAUCUGAUUCAUAGGACGACGCCAUAUAGAAAUGUCAAGCAUCGUUUUUUCCUGUAAUUACAUCAAAUUGGCCAGUUGUCAUUGUGUAUACUUAGUCUAUGUAAAGUAUAUCAAUUCAUACUUUAUGACAAGGGACCCUUAGGAUAAACUCUUGAUCAUUCUAAUUCAUAUUUCUCACAUUGCUAAUA